CUCUACUGCUUGUUAACAUUUUAGUACAAGAUGUGAAAUGUGACCAAAAUGUAGAGAAGACCCCGUGUAAUAAACAUUGUGCAUUACUUAAUGCGCACAAUAAAAUUGUCUAAUCGCAUCGUAAAAUUUUCCAUGAACAUUUAAUCGGUGCUCGUAAGGAUUGUAGACUGGUUGGAUUUUGGCGUGAAAAAAAUAUAUAAAUAAAAAUGGCCAGUGGGAAGAUAAAUGAGGACUUAUUGCGAGAGAGGAAGAAGUGCAUAUUCAAUGUGCAGGAACUGAUUAACAUUGUUGAUGGUGGCGAGAAGAUGACAAAGAUGCGAAAGGAAGUUGAAACCAUCGUAUUCAACACGAAAGAACUUUGGGAUGAUGUCCCUGAAGAAUACCUCAGUCACAAGGAAAGAUACGAGCUUGCUGUCAAGAAGGCUUGCAUUCUCUAUGAGAUACUCAAAGACCAUAUUUUGGAGCAUUCUGGAUUUGAGGACUUCGCACCCUCAAAUACGUACAGAGUACUAAGCAGUACAAUCAAGGAUAUUACACCACUCAUGUUGCACAUGGGCAUGUUUGUGCCCACUAUCCUUGGACAGGCAUCACCUGAACAGCUAGCUAAAUGGCUACCUUUGGCAUUGAAUUUGCAUUAUAUUGGAACUUAUGCUCAAACUGAGCUUGGUCACGGAACGUUCCUUAGAGGAUUGGAAACAACGGCUACUUACGAUCCAAAAACAGAAGAGUUCAUUCUUCACAGCCCUACGCUUACUUCUUACAAAUGGUGGCCUGGCGGAUUGGCUCAUACUGCUAACCAUUGCAUCGUGGUAGCUCAACUGCACACUAAAGGAGAAUUUCAAGGUAUCUACCCGUUCUUCGUACAGAUCAGAGACAUCGAAACACACAUGCCUCUUCCGGGUAUCAGUGUUGGAGAAAUUGGUCCAAAACAAGGUUUUCAGACUGCUAACAAUGGAUUUCUUGGCUUUGACCAUUUUAGGAUACCUAGGGAGAACAUGCUCAUGAAGAACGCUCAAGUUUUGAAGGAUGGCACAAUGGUCAAGUCAACGAAUGACAAGUUGACAUACGGAACGAUGGUGUUCGUGAGAGUAAGCAUUGUUAACGAUGUCUCAUUCGAGAUAGCCAGAGCAGUUACAAUUGCUGUUCGUUACGCUGCUGUGAGGCACCAGUCGCAGUUGAAGCCUAAUCAACCAGAGCCCCAGAUCAUUGAUUACGUGACGCAGCAGCACAAGUUGUUCGUCCCUAUUGCCACCAGUCACGCCUUCAGAAUUGUCGGUGAUUGGUUGUGGAAAACUUUCGCGUCUUUCAACCGUGAUAUGAAGCUUGGUAACACGGAACAACUGCCUGAGCUGCAUGCUCUUGCUUGUUGUAUGAAAGCAGUGUGUAGCAAAGACGCGUCAAUCUGCGUGGAGCAGUGCCGUUGGGCUUGCGGCGGUCACGGUUACAUGACAUCGUCGAAUCUGCCCAUAAUCUACGGUGUCACUACCGCCAGUGUCACUUACGAGGGCGAGUACACUGUCAUGCUACUGCAGACAGCAAGAUAUCUAGUCAAAGCUUGGAAGCAAGCUCUCGAAGGCAAGGCAAUGACGCCAACAGUUGGUUACAUGUUAAACUUCCUCAACAAUAACAAUGUCAGAUGGGACAAUACUCCCGAAGGUAUCAUCAGGGGACUACAAGCGGUUGCCGCAGGAAAAACUAAAACGGCCUACGAUUCGAUUAAAAGGCACCAAAGAUCAGGCAAAGAUUACGAAGAUUCUUGGAAUUUAUCGUCCGUUCAACUCGUCAACAGCAGUGAGGCUCAUUGCCGCGCUGUACUCUGCGAAGUGUACUGGCAAGAGACACAGAAGAUUGCAAAGUCAGCAUCUGCUAACCUUGGCAUUGUACUGACACAACUAUCUGAACUGUACCUGGUGUAUUGGGCCAUCGAGAAGACAGGAGAUCUUUUGAUGUUCUCAACAAUAUCCAAGAGCGACAUUUUGAUACUGCAACAGCGAUAUGAAGAACUCCUCGGUCUGAUUCGACCCAAUGCUGUCGGUUUGGUUGACGGAUUUGACCUUGCAGAUAAGAUUCUAAACUCGACGCUCGGUGCCUACGACGGGAUGGUCUACGAGCGUCUUAUGGCUGAGGCAAAGAAGAGUCCUUUAAACGCUGAGCCAGUGAACCAGAGCUUCCAUAAAUACCUCAAACCUCUUAUUAUGAAGGGAAAAUUGUAAAGAAAUAUCAGCAGUAGUUUAAUAUGCUUGAUGUUACAGACUAAUAUGGAAUACCACAGGGCAGGGUUUUGGCAUAGUAUAAGACAGGUAGCAUGUAACUUCCACUUGUUCAGCGCGUCAUUCACCAGUGUAGAGUUGUCACAUUAUUGUUUUAGAUGCGCCUCUUGUUGCAAAACAUAAUUUGAGAAAAACUCGUGCUAUGUUAUUGAAAUAAUCUUUAUUAAAUGCAAUAUUAAACGUAUUGCUUACAUAUUGAUAUUUUUAUACCAGCAUCGAGGAUUAAUAUCUCGAUUAUGGAAUCGAUCAUUCUCGGAC